AACCUUAUCCACUCUGGGCCAGCCUCCUCCCAAAAACCACUCUCGACUCUUCCUCGUCAUCACCACCACCACUACUACCACCACCACCAACACCAACAACAACACACAACAACAACUAACACACACCAACAACCAAGAACCAAAACAAAACACUCCUGGCUAACUCUCAACAUGCAGCAAGCCCAACAGACUAACCCAAACCAACCACUGCCUCCAGGCUGGGCAGCUCACUGGGAUGCAGCCGCUGGACGGACCGUAUUCGUUGAAACCGCUACCGGUCGCACCCAGCUUAACCCACCCAUCAUGAGCGCUGGACCCCCUCAAGCUUACCCACAGCAAACACCCGGCUAUCAGUAUCCUCAACAGCCAGCCUCCAACGGGCUUGGUCCUAAUAACCUCCCUCAAACACCCCCUCCUCCCGGUCCCAGUGCUGGGGUCCAACCACCAAAGACCAAGCGGGUCUAUGCUGCAAAUCAAGCCCAAGCUUACUACGGCGGCGAGGGCGGCGGCGGCGGUGCUGGUCUACCUCCGAUGGAUAAUAAUCACUCUUAUCAACAGGGAAACCUGCCCGCUUCAGCUCAAUUCACUCCCGCCGCUAAUAACUUCUUCACCCCUGGUCAACCUCAGAUCGGCCAAGCUCCAGCCAUUCCUCCCAAUCAAGCCUUCCAACCAACCUCAUAUGACCAUCAUCAACAGCAACCUCAAGGCUCUCACUAUCCUCAACAAUCUCAAUAUCCUACCCCUGCAAACCCUCAAGCUUAUGCCGACCCGGUCGGUGACUUAUCCCAACAGUUUCAAGGAAUGGGCAUGGGUCAGAAAGCUUAUUCAUUUUCAACAGCCAACCUCGUCGGGAUGGUCCCAAACCCACAGCUGCUUCAAGCCCCACCCCCCGCCAUCAGAUUGCCACCUGGGGUUUGUAUCACCCAAAACCCAUUGGCAAAUUCGGAUCCAUCCUACCAACGCUGUACAAUGAACGCGAUCCCGACCUCGGAAGGCUUACUGAAGAAAUCCAAGAUCCCACUUGCACUGAUCAUCACACCCUACCGAUCGAUCCAGUCUGGUGAACCAGAAGUACCAGUGGUCACCGAUACCGUCAUCGCCCGUUGUCGCCGUUGUCGGACGUACAUCAACCCUUAUGUGACCUUCAUCGAAGGCGGGACCCGAUGGAAAUGUUGUAUGUGCAACCUCAGUAACGAAGUCCCCCAGCUCUUUGAUUUCGAUCGUCUCACCAAUCAACCCGCCGAUCGAUGGCAACGAGCCGAGCUUAACCAUAGCGUUGUCGAAUUUGUUGCUCCCACAGAAUACAUGGUCCGCCCCCCUCAAGCCCCGACUUAUGUCUUCUUGAUCGACGUCUCGUAUGCCGCCGUCUCCUCUGGAAUGGUUGCAACCGCUGCACGGACACUAUUAGAAACUCUCGAUCGUAUCCCUAACGAAGAGAGUCGCACCCGGAUCGCGAUCAUUGCCGUUGAUAGCUCGUUGCAUUUCUUUUCAUUGACUGCAAACAGCUCGGAACCUAGUAUGCUCGUCGUUGGUGACGUCGAGGAUGUCUUCUUGCCCAUGGCUUCAGACCUUUUGGUUAACUUGACUGAGACUAGACCUGCCAUCGAGACUCUGGCUUCUAAACUUAACGACAUGUUCAAGGACUCUCAUUGUAUGGGUAACGCCAUGGGCCCUGCUCUUCAGGCAGCCUACAAGUUGAUUUCGCACAUCGGUGGGAAGAUCAUGGUUCUCAGUGCUAGUUUACCCUCGUUAGGACCAGGAGCGCUGAAAGCUCGAGAAGAUCCGAAAGUUCUAGGGACGUCUAAGGAGUCGAGCUUACUCCAAGCAGCGACAGGAUUCUAUAAGAGCUUUGCCAUCGAUUGUUCUCGCUCCCAAGUCUCGGUUGACAUGUGGCUGUUCUCCUCGGUCUAUGCCGACGUGGCUUCGCUCAGUUGUUUGCCCCGCUAUACCGGCGGGAAUACGUACUUCUAUCCCGCCUUUAAUGCUGCUAGGGCUGAGGAUGCUCUUAAAUUCGCUCACGAAUUCGGCCAGGUCCUCGCUAGUCCAAUCGCCCUGGAGGCUGUCAUGCGUGUUCGGGCCUCUCGAGGUAUCCGUCUGUCAGCCUUCCAUGGCAAUUUCUUUGUUCGGUCUACAGAUCUCUUGGCGCUCCCAGCGGUUCCGAUGGACCAAUCAUAUGCGAUCGAGCUACUGAUAGAGGAUCCGAUCAGCAUGCCCUUUGUGGUCUUCCAGACGGGAGUCCUCCACACCACUUCCUCGGGCGAACGAAGGAUCCGGGUGAUCACGACGGCACUGCCGACGACGAGCAGCAUCGCCGAUCUCUAUGCAACCGCCGAUCCGGUGGCGAUCGCUACCCUCUUGGCUAAUAAGGCCGUCGAAAGGUCCAUGCAGGCUAGAUUAGAAGACGCGAGAGACGCAGUAACUAAUAAAUUGGUCGACAUUCUUGGAACUUACAAGGCUACUAUGACUGCCGCCGGAACUGGACCUAGUCCCCAAUUAGUGAUCAGCGAAAACAUGAAGAUCUUGCCGCUCUUACUGCUAGGAUUACUGAAACAUGUUGGAUUGAGACAGUCGUCGCAGAUACCUAGUGAUGUCAGGGCAUACGCUCAAGCCCUGUUGACGACAUUACCGAGUCAACUACUUGUACCGUACUUAUAUCCGACGUUAUAUUCGCUCCACAACAUGCCCAAAGAGUGUGGGACGGUGGGCGAGCAAGGCGUGAUCCUGCCCCCUCAGUUGAACGCCUCCAGCGAGAAACUCGAACGUCAUGGCCUCUUCCUCAUCGAGGACUCCCAGAAUAUCUUCCUUUGGGUCGGCCGUGAAGCCGUGCCUCAGUUGGUCAAUGACGUCUUCGAUCUGCCGAACUAUCAGGCCUUGCGUGGUGGAAAGGCGACGUUACCAUUACUGGAAAACCAAUUCUCGCAAAGGGUGAAUGCGAUCAUUGGGAAGAUCCGAGAAUCCAGAAGAGGGGCCUAUUACCCACAUCUCUAUGUGGUCAAGGAGGACGGAGAACCGUCGUUGAGGAUCUGGGCGUUGAGCUUGUUGGUCGAGGAUCGUCAGGACGCCUUGCCUAGUUAUCAUCAAUACGUUAAUGCGCUUAAGGACAAGGUUAAUAGUGGCUCGUUUUAAGUAUCUUUCGGCUGCUUCUGCUCUUUUUCUCGUCUCACAACCGAACAUCAAUCCCUAUCCCCUACCCCAACCUCAACCUCACCAAAAAAAAACUGAAAUACUGCAAUCGGUCUUCUUUCUUUUUGUUAUCUCUUCCCGCUCUCUCUUUCUCUCUUUUAUAUAUCUCUCUUUUCUCUCACCAUCAUCAUCGUCAUUCUUCUUCCUCUCUUCUCCUCCUUCUUCUUCUUUGUUAUUUGGCUACUUGUUUGUUUGCUUGUUUGUGAUUGAUUGAGUGAGUGAGUGAUUGAAGGGUUUUUCCUUAUCCAAACUGGUUUAGUCUUUGUUUCUUUUCUGUGUGUGCUUUGUUUCUUUUUUUUUUGGUAUCUACUUUAAAACUCUUACACACAUUAUCUGAAUUCUUAUAUGUGUCUUAUAGAAUCAAAGAGGGUGCAAUGUGUUGGGAGGAGAGAGG